GAGUUUAAGAGAACAUUAAAGUCUUAAACGGGAUCCAAAGUUGUUUACGUGACGGAUGGGAAGAGUGACGGAUAGGGGGAAGAGAAAAACGGUAAUGUGGUAAGCACCCAGAAGAUUCCGAAGACCAAUGGCAAAUCUCGUAAUUUAAACCCAAAUCCGGCGGCAUUUCAAUAACCCCCGCCAAGAAAAUAUCUGGCUUAAUUCUCUCGAAGUUUCCUAUCCUUCUUCUCCUUAGAUAUUUUUCUCGCUCUCCAAACUACAAAAAAAAAAAAAAAACAAAAACAAAAACAAAAAAUCUGAAAAAAAAUCCUAACAGCGACAACAUAAACUAGUGUUUCUGUUUUUCUCAAAAAGAACAUUGGUUUUUUUUUCCUAACCUGUUGUUCCUGUUUCUAAGAUCUCAUUAAAGUUAUGGUUUUUGUAUAGUUUGUCUUUUUCUUAAGAGCUAAAAGAUUUUGGACGGCUAAGAUGGACCGGGAAGGAGGAUCCCACGGCGGAUCUUGUUACUACACUAUUCUCGGGAUUCGCAAGGACGCCUCCUUCUCCGAUAUCCGUACUGCUUACCGUAAGCUUGCUCUGAAAUGGCACCCGGACAGAUACGUCACAAAUCCGGCGGUAGCCGGCGAAGCGAAACUCAGGUUUCAGCAAAUCCAAGAAGCUUAUUCCGUUCUCUCAAACGGGUCCAAGAGAUCAAUGUAUGACGCCAGUCUCUACGAUCCCUCGGCAGAUGAUGACCAAGACUUCUGUGACUUUAUGCAAGAGAUGAUAUCGAUGAUGAACAAUGUGAAAGACGAGGGGGAUAGUUUCGAGGAUCUGCAAAAGAUGUUCGCCGAUAUGGUCGGCAGUGGAGAUGGUAUGAGCUUCAACGUCAACACUGAUCCCACGGAGACGAAGAAGGCGCAUUUCACGGCAUCUAAGACUUAAGAACAAAGGUAAACGCCCUCCCUUUGUCUUAGUUAAUAAGGUCUAAUUUCCUUCAUUAGAGAAAUAGAGGGUUUGUUUAGUUUAAGCCAUUUAGGACCUUGUGGAACUUGGGAAUUUCUUAACCUUUUAAAAAUGAUUUUAGAGAAAUCGGUGUGAUGAUUGGCAUUGGCAUCAAUGGUGUGUUCUGUUUUGAGCUCUUUUAUUUUUUGCUGCUUGUAAUGGAAACGGCACUCAAUACUGCAGGUGGUUUGCUUUUCAAGCACCAAUUUGCUUUAUGCAAUUAGGAAUUAAAACAGGUUUUUGUGCCAGUAAAACAA